GAUCCCGCGAGAUAUCCGGCGUACUACUUACAAAAUUUUCACUACCAGACCGACGGCUGGCUCAGCGCGGACAGCGCGCGGCUGUACGACUUCCAGGUCGAGACGCUCUUCCUAGGCAGCGCGGACACGAUGCGGAGGCAGGUGCUGCCGUACAUGUCGAAAUGGAUGGAUGGGAAGGAGGAGAAGGACGUCAAGCUUCUGGACGUCGCGUCCGGCACCGGUCGAUUCCUCAGCUUCGUCCGCGAUAACUGGCCCGGGUUGGACUGCACCGCGCUCGAACUCUCGCCGCACUACCUCGAGGCGACGCGCAGGCUGCACGCGCGGAGGUUCGAGGGGACGGACGCGUCGGCGGCGUACGCGAACCUCGGCCCGCUGCGGCUCGUCGAGGCGAACUGCGAGGCGAUGCCGUUCGAGGACGAGUCCUUCGACGUCGUGACCAACGUCUACCUGUUUCACGAGAUGCCGCGCGAGGCGCGUCGAAACGCCGCGAGGGAGUUCGCGCGCGUGCUCAAACCCGGCGGCAAACUCUUCUUCGUGGACUCCGCGCAGGUGGGAGACGGCAAGGCGCUCGGGAUGGAGAAGGCGUUCGACCAGGCCCUCGAGCGGUUCCCCGCGUUCAAUCACGAGCCGUACUACAGGGAUUACUCGCUCACGGACUUGAAAGCGCUGUUCGGGGAGUUUGGUUUGGAGUUGGAGGCGUCGACGGUGGCGUGGGUCAGCAAGGCGUGGAGCUUCACGAAG